CUGUCACUGUCAAAAGUCCAACCAACAACAAAACAACAAACAGAUGUUAAUUUUUUAAUAAAUUACCAAUUAAUUAUCCUCCAACCACUUGAAACGUAUUCAAUAUUUUUUCAAGUUCUCCAUUAUUCUAUCCAUUACCAACUCAAUAAGUAUUUCUUCAAGAGUCAUAAUUCAUACCCUAUAGAUGUCCAACGUUAUUCCACCUUUGUUGAGCGACACUCCUCCACCACCACCGAUUGAUGAUCAUGAGGAAGACGAUGAAUUCGGCGACUUUGCUGGUUCAAAUAAUUUGUCCAUCGACUGUGAUGACAGUUAUUCACCACCAGGGACCCCAUUAGAGAUUCCCACGGUGCCCUUUGAUUUGGACCCCGAUCCUGCCCCACCCAACAAAACCUGUAAGAGUUCAUCGGUGACAAAAGAUUUUCAUGACAAGAGAAAAGACUCUGAUUCACCCCCACUGUUAAAUGGUAUCCUAGAGGAUUUAAAAUUGCCUGAACAUGUAAAUAAUAUUGAUACUGCCGAAACUGUAACAGAUCAUCAAGAAAUCAACUGUGAUAUUCAAACCUCUUUUAAUAAUGUGCAACAGCUGGAGGUUGAGGAGAUUAGUGAGGAGCCUUGUGUGUGUGAUAAAGUGAUUAAUGAGUUGGAAAGUGUAAAGCAAUUCGAUGAAGAAUGCAAUAAUAGCAGUAUUUUACAAGAAUCAGGAGAUAUCGUGACCUGUAUUACUCUUGACAAUAAACCUUUAGAGAAAGUUGAAACUAAGGAAAAUAUAAAUGAUUUUGCUGUCAAUUUAGAUGAUGAGUUUGCUGAUUUUUCUUGUGCCCCUGCUGAAACAGAUUCAGACGAUUUUGGAGAUUUUACUUCCAUCACGAUAGUUACACACCAGGAUAAUUUUGCGAGUUUCCCUGAGACCCCUCCGAGUCCAACUGAGGACGACGACUUUGGGGAUUUUGCCUCCAUUUCAACCUUGCCAAUGGCCGAACCUCCUCAAUCAAGAGUUUUAUUAUUAAAUGAAAAACAAGCACUGGAAAAGUCAACGGAAAUAGUUAAGGAAAUGUUUCCAGUGCCGCAAAUGGCGGUGCCCGAUUUCCGGGAGGGGAAUUUUGAAGAAACUGAUAAGGUUUUUAAUCAGAUCAAGAACAUUACCGAGACACACGCUUUGGCUUACCAGUGGUCCAAGUCGGCAAGUCAGAACUUACUUUUGAAGGCUUUGAAUAUUGAUUCAAGGAAUAUUUUGUUUGGUCCUGGUUGGAACCCCUCGAUGCCCCGGUUUGCAGCCAACUUGAGCCUCACCCCACUAGAACCGGUUAAAUCGGAAAUCCUGACGCCCGUUCCUGUAAGGGAGCCUCAAAAACUAUCUACCGCACCCACGAAUUUGCCUGGUUUUGAUCUUGGAUUAAGUGAAAAUACUGAAUCAUUAUCGACUAAAGAAACGCUCACCAAGAUGGAUCCCCAACAACCCUUAGAGCCAACCACAGUGCAACCAACCAAAUCAGACUUGGAACAUUCAGCGUCAAUCCUCCAAGAUGAUUUCGAUGAUUUCGUAUCGUAUUCGCCCCCAAGGGAGAGUCCCCCCGGGCACAACAUCAUCCUUAGGGAGACCCACAUAUCCAACAAGGAACCCGACAUCGUCAGUUGGCUGGAGCCGACGAUCGUUACCCCGGAACUAACCAGGAAAGAUCGCGGUGGGCAAUUCGUGGAACCCGAGGAGGAUUUCGACGAGUUCCAGAUGGUGGUGGUACCAGAAGCGAGCACCUCUUUAAAAGUGCAACCCCUGGAAGCUUCUGAGGCAAAACCACAGAUUGAAGAUGAUUUUGGAGACUUUACGUCUUACGCUUUACCUAAAAGUGAACCGGUGGUGCUGCUUCAACCGACUGUUAUCGAAUCGAAACCACUAGUGAGCUGGCCCGAUCCCGGCAUCACCGAUGACGAAAUCAGACGUUUCGAGGCUUUGGGGCACCUCAGAGAGAAGAGCAAGAAAGACGAAAGUGGCAAGAAAGUGGAAGAGGAGGAGGAGGAGGACGAAUGGUCGGAUUUCGUGUCGGUUAAUCAGUCACCGGUGCACAAACUGAAAACCGAAAAGGAACGCUGCUCGACCCCCGAUUUGCCGCUGUCAGUGUUAAACUUGGGCAGCGUGCAGCCCGCCAAACAGCCCAUACCUGUGAUAACCCCCAACGGACUGGUGCAGACCAAAUUAUCCUCGAAAAUCCCCCUAAACAUCCCCAAUAUGGCGACGAGUAAAGUGUACCCCCAGAUCCCGAGUCAUCCCCCGAAACUUCAGCCCUCGAUCAUUAGUCAUCAGUACGGGAAUUACAUGGCCGCCAACAGUGGGAAAUCCAACGGGGACGAGGACGAGUGGAGCGACUUCGUGUCCCACCAAUCGGCGACUGGAACGGGAUUUCCGGAAACGACGCGCAAAGUCACCGGAAAUGGGGCAGCGGUGUCACCGUCGAUGCCGGAACUUGAUUUUUUGACGCCGCGUCACUUGCAGUGGACUGCCACCGGUCACCGGAAAUGACCAAAGGAGCAGGUCAUCUUGUAAAAUUAGAACGUAAACGUCGGUAUUCGGUAAGAGAAGAUCCAACGCGUCGUCACAGAGUUUUUAUUUAUUACGAUAACUAAUCGUUUCACUGUGUUAUUUUUAUCUUAAGGAACACACUCCUGAAUUUUCUUUCAGUAUUAAGGAACACACCCUAUAUAUCGUCGCUUUGGUUGUGAACUGUUCUAAUCCACAUAAGCCAAAACUGAAGCUAGUGCGCUUUUAAAAAACUUAUAUUUUCUUUUCUGGAAUAUUUAAAAAAAAAGGAGCGAAUAUAACAGUUUUUGUAAAAUUUCUAUUUAAGUAUCACACUUUUUAUGUGGAUGGUUUUAUUUUAGGAUUAUAAACUUUAGGUUUUAUGUGGCUUGGCUAUAUUCACUACAACAAAUUUGGUUGUUCUGUCAUAUUAUUUUAAGGUAUGAAAAGGUCUAACAGUUUAAUGUUUAAAAUGAUGAUAACUCAGCAUUUAUUAUAAAUAUUAGUGGUACAGAAAGUAUAAAAAUAACCGCAAUUCAAACUGUGAGUCUUUGACCAUAUCGGAUUUAACUUGAACCUCAUCAGUGGUUCUUUUAUUGCAAUUUUAAAUGAUUCUUUUACUCUAAAAUCCAAAUUUGAUUUAUCUGAGUUUAACGGGUCACGAAUGACAGUAUGUCAAAGUCUUAUACUUUUUAGUUAUAUUAUUUGUUGACAGUCAAUUUUCGAUUUUUCGUCGGUUAGAACUGUUCACCAAUAAUGCGACGAUAUAUCUUUCAGCGGGACAGUGAUUUGAAAAGUAACGACAUUAACUGGUAAUAGAAGGUAUAUCCGCUAGUAACCUGUUGAAGGUUCUGGUAGGUCACUAAAGUUUGUCAAUAACGCAAUUCGUGGUUGACAUAAGAACGUUGUCACUUGUGGUACAGUAAAAUGGUUUUUGGUCUGUAACCAGAUUAUUUUAGCUUUUUAGUAUUUUUCGUACUUAAUUAAAGGGUUCCAAGAGCCCAAAGUGUACAUAAUUGCUUAUAAUUUAUUUUACAUGUUGCUUAAGUGAUAUUUGAUUGCAUAAUUAUUUAUAUGUUUUAGAAGUUAUGUAAUGGGCAAAUCUUAACUUAUUCCUUCUAAUUUUAACGUUUUUUUUGGGCGUAUCCUGUUGCAACAGAUAAACAAUUUAAUUAUAAUAGAUGGGUGCCAUCUUGGCUCAUUCGGCAUUUUGACAAAGUAAGAAUGGGUUUUAAAUCAUUCCUUUAUAAUAAACUCCAAAUUUGAAAUAUGUGGCUUUUAAGGGUCACGAAUGACAGCUUGUCAAAUUUGAGCCUUUUUACACCGUCACUGAACGAGAUAUGGUUUUCAAAAAUUGGUGUUAUUUUGUUGCUUGAAGAAUUAGUAACAAAGUGUUUCUUUUAUUGUAUUUUUAUAUCAUUCGUUUAUAAUAAAAUUCAAAUGUAAAAUAACUGACUUUGACAGGUCAUGAAUGACAGUUUGUCAAAGUUUAGCCUUUUUUCACUCUCAAUAACUCUGAGACAUGAUUUUCAAAAAUUGCUGUAAUUUUGUUACACUAACGUUUAGCAACAAAUGGUUUCUUUUAUUAUAAUUUUAAAUCAUUAUAUUAUUAUAAAAUUCAAAUUUGAAAUAUCGGACUUUGACAGGUCAUGAAUGACAGCUUGUCAAAGUUGAGCCUUUUUUCACUCUCAAUGACUUCAAAACAUGAUUUUCAAAAAUUGCUGUAAUUUUGUUACUCUAACGUUUAUCAACAAAUGGUUUCUUUUAUUAUAAUUUUACAUCAUUAUUUUACCAUAAAAUUCAAAUUUGCAGUAUCGGACUUUGACAGGUCAUGAAUGACAGCUUGUCAAAGUUGAGCCUUUUUUCACUCUCAAUGACUCCGAAACAUGAUUUUCAAAAAUUGCUGUAAUUUUGUUACUCUAACGUUUUAUCAACAAAUGGUUUUUUUUAUUAUAAUUUUAAAUCAAUAUUUUACCAUAAAAUUCAAAUUUGAAGUAUCUGACUUUGACAGGUCAUGAAUGGCAGCUUGUCAAAGUUGAGCCUUUUUUCACUCUCAAUGACUCUGAAACAUGAUUUUUAAAAAUUUCUGUAAUUUUGUUAUUCUAACGUUUUAUCAACAAAUGGUUUUUUUUAUUAUAAUUUUAAAUCAAUAUUUUACCAUAAAAUUCAAAUUUGAAGUAUCUGACUUUGACAGGUCAUGAAUGGCAGCUUGUCAAAGUUGAGCCUUUUUUCACUCUCAAUGACUCUGAAACAUGAUUUUCAAAAAUUUCUGUAAUUUUGUUGUUCUAACGUUUAUCAACAAAUGGUUUUAUUUAUUAUAAUUUUAAAUCAUUAUUUUAUUAUAAAAUUCAAAUUUGAAGUAUUUGACUUUGACAAGUCAUGAAUGACAGCUUGUCAAAGUUGAGCCUUUUUUCACUCUCAAUGACUCUGAAACAUGAUUUUCAAAAAUUUCUGUAAUUUUGUUAUUCUAACGUUUAUCAACAAAUGGUUUUAUUUAUUAUAAUUUUAAAUCAUUAUUUUAUUAUAAAAUUCAAAUUUGAAGUAUUUGACUUUGACAGAUCACGAAUGACAGCUUGUCAAAGUUGAGCCUUUUUUCAGUCUUAAUGACUCCAAAACAUGAUUUUCAAAAAUUUCUGUAAUUUUGUUGUUCUAACGUUUAUCAACAAAUGGUUUUAUUUAUUAUAAUUUUAAAUCAUUAUUUUAUUAUAAAAUUCAAAUUUGAAGUAUUUGACUUUGACAGGUCAUGAAUGACAGCUUCUCAAAGUUGAGCCUUUUUUCACUCUCAAUGACUCUGAAACAUGAUUUUCAAAAAUUUCUGUAAUUUUGUUGUUCUAACGUUUAUCAACAAAUGGUUUCUUUUAUUAUAAUGUUACAUCAUUAUUUUACCAUAAAAUUCAAAUUUGCAGUAUCUGACUUUGAAAGGUCAUGAAUGACAGCUUGUCAAAGUUGAGCCUUUUUUCAUUCUCAAUAACCCUGAGGCAUGAUUUUCAAAAAUUGCUGUAAUUUUGCUACUCUAACGUUUAUCAACAAAUGGUUUCUUUUAUUAUAAUUUUACAUCAUUAUUUUACCAUAAAAUUCAAAUUUGAAGUAUCCGACUUUGACAGGUCAUGAAUGACAGCUUGUCAAAGUUGAGCCUUUUUUCACUCUCAAUGACUCUGAAACAUGAUUUUCAAAAAUUGCUGUAAUUUUGUUACUCUAACGUUUAUCAACAAAUGGUUUUAUUUAUUAUAAUUUUAAAUCAAUAUUUUACCAUAAAAUUCAAAUUUGAAGUAUCUGACUUUGACAGGUCAUGAAUGGCAGCUUGUCAAAGUUGAGCCUUUUUUCACUCUCAAUGACCCUGAGGCAUGAUUUUCAAAAAUUGCUGUAAUUUUGUUACUUUAACGAUUAGCAACAAAUGGUUUCUUUUAUUAUAAUUUUAAAUCAUUAUUGUACUAUAAAAUUCAAAUUUGAAGUAUCUGACUUUGACAAGUCAUGAAUGACAGCUUGUCAAAGUCAAGCCUUUUUUCACUCUCAAUGGCCCUGAGCCAUGAUUUUCAAAAAUUGCUGUAAUUUUGUUACACGAACGCUUAGCAACAAAUGGUUUCUUUUAUUAUAAUUUUACAUCAUUAUUUUACCAUAAAAUUCAAAUUUGAAGUAUCUGACUUUGACAGGUCACGAAUGACAGCUUGUCAAAAUUGAGCCUUUUUACACCCUCAAUGCUUAAGACAUGGUUUUCAAAAAUUGCUGUAAUUUUGUUGCUUUAAUGUUUAGCAACAAACGGUUUCUUUUAUUGUUAUUUCUAAUCAUUCCUUUACAAUAAAUUCUAAAUGUGAAUUGUCUAUUGCAACAGUUAACCUUAAAAUCUCUAGCGCCAUAGACGCCAUUUUGAAAAAAUAGGAAUGGGAUAAGGGGGAAAAGAGUUCAUAAAUCGAUGUUCCGUACUUUCUUUGCAAUAUACGCCGAGUGAGAUCGUUUCUAAUAUAAAGUUUCUACUAUUUAGUCAAUAAUUUAAUGGACGUAAAUGUGAAAAAAAACGGUGAUAUUUACUGAUUUUCCUCCCGAAUUAACUCACACAAUUUAUAUACAUCAAGUUCACGUUUCAUUUUUUAGGUACCGCAGCUUAAAAACAAUUUGUAAAUAUUGUAAAGCAUAUUGUUACUGUAUACAUUCCAAAAUAAAUUUAAUAUUAUUUAAAA